AUGUCACUCGGAGGCAUGGCACUUUUUGCCAUCUUACUGACCACGGUCUCACUUGGGCGAGCCAAGUCACAAUCAGCUUGCGAGGCAGUCGGUAACUGCACGGCGGAUGUAUCGCAUAUUUGGGGCCAAUAUUCGCCUGUGUUUUCUGUCCCGUCUACCAUCGAUGCAUCAACCCCAUCCGGGUGCAACGUGACGUUUGCUCAGAUUCUGUCACGGCAUGGAGCACGAGCGCCUACCCAGAAGAAGUCUGACUUCUACAGGGACAUGAUUUUACGUAUCCAGAGCAAUGUCAAAGACUACGGCAAGGGAUUCGAGUUUCUGAAAGAUUACGAUUAUCACCUUGGCGCCGAUGAUCUCACUCUGUUUGGAGAACAACAGAUGGUUGAUUCUGGAAUUGCAUUUUUCCAGCGAUACCAGGACCUGGCCUCCAAAUUUGAUCCUUUUGUUCGAGCAUCAGGUUCAGAUCGAGUAGUUGUAUCGGCGCAGAGAUUUGUUGAGGGAUACUAUAAAGCUCAAGAUCGCAACGCUUCGAGCCCAGUAAAGAGCAUUUUGGUGCUCCCCGAGGAAGAUGGAUUCAACAACACGCUGAACCACGGAUCGUGCCCAGCUUUUGAAGAGGGCCCUUCAUCCGAACUCGUGGCCACAUACCAGAAGGUUUGGCUUGGAGUUUUUGGGCCUGCCAUUACCAAGAGGCUCAACAGCAAAUUGCCAGGCGCAAAUCUGACGUUGACUGAGACCAUCUUUAUGAUGGAUUUGUGCCCGUUCAACACAAUGGCAAACACCAGCCUCGUGGCAUCCGACUUUUGCAGGCUCUUCUCCAUGGACGAGUGGGCAAGCUACGACUAUUUCCAGGCAUUGGAUAAAUGGUAUGGCUACGGCAAGGGCAAUCCUCUGGGCCCGUCUCAGGGAGUUGGAUUUGGCAACGAGCUGAUUGCCAGGCUUACCGGUACACCUGUGGACGACGAUACCACGACAAACUCAACGCUCGACUCUUCGCCUGAGACUUUCCCUCUGAACAGCAAACUGUACGCGGACUUCUCACACGACAACACAAUGUCUUCCAUUUUCGCCGCCCUAGGGCUGUUCAACUCAACUAUGGAGCUGCCUCUCAAGUACAAGUUGUCACCUCGCCGCCUUCACGGGUUUUCUGCUUCCUGGGCGGUGCCAUUUGGCGCCCGCAUGUACUUGGAGAAGAUGCAGUGUAGCGAUGCAAGCGAUGAAUUAGUGCGGGUCAUCCUGAACGACCGAGUGGUUCCGCUACGGACGUGCAAUUCCGACAGACUGGGACGGUGUAAGCUGAGCGGCUUUAUUGACAGCCUCAAGUUUGUGCGGAGCGGAGGACUGUGGAACGAGUGCCCUUAUGAUGGCUGA